CAGGGUGGUCAAUUAACGGUAGCAAAUCACAGUUUCCCCCGGAGUUAAUCGGUACAAGAAAAUGUCCGGUAGAAUAUACCUGACCGGAGCGUUGCUGCUCGUGGUGGCAGCGAUAGCCAGCGGCUUCCCCACCCAACGCAGCGCCGAUGUUGAUUGUUCCGUCGACAUCUUCUCAGCCAUAUUCGUGGCGCAUCCGGAUUCCUGCUCCAUGUACAAGACCUGCUUCAACGGAGGGUUGAUCGAUGGAACCUGCCCGGAGGGAUUGUAUUUCGACGAGAAGAAUCAGGGUUGCGAUCUGCCCGAACGGGUUCGAUGCAGCUUGGAUGAAGACGACGAGGAGGAGGUAGUGGUGUCGGAAGAGGAGCCAGCUGUAGAAGAAGAAGAAGAAGAAGCUACUGAGGAGGAACAAACACCGAUAGAGGAGGAGGAGGAGACAGCAGAGGAAGAGGAAGCACCGACUCCGGAAGAAGUUGAACAGGAUGAAGAAGCUCCAGAAGAGGAAGAGCAAAUUGAAAGCAAGAAGAAUGAUGACGAGAAUGACGAGGAAGAGGAAGCCCCGGUAGAAGAGGAAGAAACUCCCGCAGAAGAAGAGGAAGAAGAACAAACUCCAGAGGAAGAAGAACAAAGUGCGGAAGAAGAAAGCGAAACUCCAGCUGAGGAAGAGGUAGCAGCCGAGGAAGAGAAUGAAGAAGCCUCAGAGCAAGAAGAAGAGGAAGCAUCCGUUAAAGCUAGAAAGAAUGAUGAUGACGACGAGGAAGCUGCCGAUGAAGAAGAGGAAGCAGAAGUAGAGGAGGAGGAAAAGCCGGAGGAAGAGGAAGAACAAGAGGAACAGACAACCGAGGAGGGAGAGGAACAGUCUCCAGAGGAAGAAGUCUCCGAAUCAACUCCAGAGGAGGAGGAAGAAUCUGCAGAACAGGAAAUCGAAGAUUUCCGCAAAGUAAAGAAAAACGACGACGAUGAGGAUGAGGAUGAGGAAAGUCCGGCAGAAGAGGAAGAACCAACUCCCGAAGAUGAGCAAGAAGAACAGACACCGGAAGACGAAGAGGAAGAAGAACAAGCACCAAUAGAGGAGGAAGAACAGUCCCAGGAAGAGGAAGAGGCAGCUCCGGAGGAAGAAGCUGAAGAGACCACAGAAGCUGAAGAGGAAGCCAAGUCCUUGAAGAAUGAUGAAGAUGAGGAAGAAGAAGAGACCCCCGUCGAUGAGGAUGAUGAAGAAGAGCAGACCCCUGAGGAAGAGGAACAGUCCCCAGAGGAAGAAGAAGAGCAGUCACCAGAAGAUGAGGAUGAGCAAGUCCCUGAGGAAGAAGAACAAACACCAGAAGAAAUCCCAGAAGAAGUAGAAACUGUGGAACCAGAAACAGAGGACCAAACCGAAGAGAAAAAAUCAAAGUUGAAUGGUGGCGAUGAUGACGAAGAAGAGUCCUCAGAGGAAGAGCAAAAGGAAGAAGACUCUGCCGUGGAAGAAGAAGGUGAGGAAGAACAGGAGGAGGAACAGAGUCCGGAGGAGGAGGAAGAGGAAGAGGCUGUUCCUGAAGAAGAGGAAGAAGCAUCAGAGGAACCAGAAGAGGCAGAGGAAAAGAAGCGUGUCCGCCGUUCAAACGAUGAUGAGGAUGAUGAAGAUGAAACAAACGAUGAUGAUGAGGAUGAACCUGCCGAAGAAGAAGAAGCUGAAGAGCAACCAGAGGAGGAGACCCCAGAAGAUGAGGAAGAAGAGACACAAGAUGAAACCCCAGAAGAUGACGAAGAUGCUGAGAACUCUGAGGACACUCUUCCAGAGGAAGAAGCUCCCGAAGAGGAAACCAGCGACGAGUAAAUGCAGAUGGAUCGAAAAGUCAAAUUUAAAAUCCAAUGUUGCCAAUAUUUGGUAAUGAUCUGCUGAUAUUAGAAUGAUAUUUAGCAUGUUUGAUUGAAUGAUUGAAUAAACA